GGAGAAAAGGGUACUUGUUUCUUAGCUUCUCAGACUGGGAUUUCACAGAGUUAGAGAUUCACACAACUGCUGGGGACAGAUUUCACUCUUCACAGCCAUUUACUCUGAGUGGUGAAGACAUCAUGACAGACUAUUCUGGACAGAGGAAGUCGUCAAAAUACUACAAGCCGGGGAUUCCAGGUUUCUUUAGAUAAAUCGCAGACUUUCUUUAAUUUCCUUCAAUCUGCAAAAAUGUUCAAGAUGUGCCAGUGAACAUGAAGUUAGCAGGAAACACGUGUUUAGCAAAGCAAACGGGUGGAAUGAUUUUCUUGGUGUUAUUUUGAAUCUAUUUUUUUAUAAUCAGAAAUUGAUUUGUCAAUGGGUAUAAGUGUUUGAUUGUUUAAAAUUGAAACUGCAUUUGUGUUGAGCUAAAUUAUAUUUGGUGAAAAACAGAAACUGAUUCUUUAACUUUUAUUAUAAGCCAUCCUUGCAUAAUUUGCUAAUGUUGUUGAUAUGCAAAUGUGACAAUGCUGCAGCAAUGCCUUAGUCCAGUCUCAAUAUUUAGCCGGCAAGUUCAAAGUAUGUUAGAAUGGGGGUCUUAAUUGUUUUCCAGUGGUAGACAACUGUAGAAUAUUCAUCUUCAGAAAAUGUUGACGUACUUGGAUGUUUAGAAGUCAUUUCCGUGACACAGACUGUGUUUCUCAAGACAAGGGGAAGCAGCUCAGGAACAACUAAGAUUGACUAAGGAGUAAGAAUGGAAUACGAAAUGAGUGAGUAGUCGAGUAAAGAUCAUGUAAGUAUCAAGUUAAUGUGGUGUAAAGACAGCGUAAUAACAAGAAAGAGUCGUACAGUACAUGGGUCGCAAAAAAGAUCGAAUAAGGAUCUUAUUUACAUCGAGCAAGGAUCAAGCGAAAAUCGAAUAAGGAUCAAUCACGAAUACAGGAAUAUUCAAGGAGAAAGAAAGGAGAUAACACCGUGCCCUAAUAACAAAAAGGAUCUUGUACAGAUCUGUUGAGGAUCAAAGGACAAGAUGGACGACAAGCAGCUGGAGGAGCUGAUGGUGCAGAGCUUCAUCAAGAUCAUGAUGGAGACUGAGCAGUCUGCCGAGGGCAAGGCGGAGCUGGCGCAGGCCCAGGCGAGAGACGAGCAGAAGAGAAACAGUCAAGUCACUCUCCGCCUGGGACAGGAUGGUCUUCAGAUUCGACCAGAUUCCGACCAGCCGUCCCAACUACCACAACAGCAACAGUUUCAGGAGCUACAGCCGGACCAUCAACAUCAACAACAACCGCAACAGCUACAACAGCAUCAUCAAAACUACGGGGUAAACCAGGACCCUAACCUGUCGUCGUUCCACAAAGGUUACAACACGACGCCCCAAGAGCAAGUAAAAGCGAAUUAUCCAAACGGAUACGACCCCACUACUCUCCCACCCAUCGUGAACACCCACUACCCAUCUCACCACUUGAGUAACCACAGCAACAGCAACAACAACAACAACAACAACAACAACACCCCCGAGUACUUACAGGCCCCGCCAAACGCCCACCAGACAGUCCUGGACACUCACGGCAACUACAACCUCUCCCCAGACUUGAGCCCCCGGGGUAGUCAGCACCCCGAGAGACACCGGCGUGUGGGAAGAGACCACGGGAACUUCAUCCAGCAGAAUUCUCCAACGGGCCACUCUCGUCCGCCGGCGGACAAUGGCCACGCUGUCUCUGCCAGCAUGUUUGACGAUAUUGGCCCGCCCGGUAUGCCAUACCCGUCCCCCGGAAACCCAGACGAACCAGAAGACCAGGGCGGUGGGUUGAAGCUUGUGGUUGUGGAUAAAAGUGACGACGACUAUGACGAUAAUGGUGUCGGUGGUGGUGGUGGUGGUGGUGGUAACGGUCCGCGGCAUCACCGUAGUUCUGACGAGGCUGUGGAACUACGCAGCGGUGGUGAUGUGUACCCCAUUGACAAACACGCAGUAGACAGAGACAUGUACAGACAGCUGUUUGUGCCUCAAGGUGCUCCUCCAGGAAACAACACCAGCGAUGGUGGCAACAAGAACCCAUUCCCCAACAACAACAGUAACAACAACAACAAUGGUGGAGUUUAUAACAAUAUGUAUAAUAACACGAAUGGUCCAGAGAACCAUGGCAGAUCUCAAAUGGAAGGAGCAAAUUUGACACAUCAAGUGAUUCCAAACUCGACUUUUACUUCAGCCGUGGCUCCAGGGUACCCACAACAUCCGAACGUUCGUGAAGCAUUCUCAGACAAUGCACAAAACCAGCACCACAUGCAACAGCCGCAGCAACAACCUCAUCAAAAUCUACAACACCAUCCGCAUCAGUUGCAGCAAUACCACCACAACCAACAGCAACAGCAACAACAACAUGAGCAAUACUACAACCCUUCCCAACCGGCCUCUCAACACCCAGGCGGUGCAGACCCCCUAGACUUCAACCAACACCAUGGGACCAGCUUCCAGGGGUCCGCAGUUCAAAACUACCAGAUGGGACCUGGUGGCAGUAGUUACCACGACAAGCAGCCGUUGUACUCCAUGUCUCAGAUUGACUACGACCGAUUCACCAGCGUACCCUCCCAGCUGAGCACAAUCCGAGAAGGGGGAAUAAGCCAGCUAGACACGUUCAGGAACGACGACUCUGGAGACAGAAUCAUCGACAGUAAAACUUUCUUGGUUCCCUCCCCUGCCUUAUUAACACCUCACCCUCUUGCCCCCGAGCAAGGGUCCCACCGAGGGAGAUCAGACUUCAGAAUCAACAGUCAACCUGGGUACAAAUUUGACGUUGUUAACGGAUACAACCCCCAGGACAAGCGUGCGUCUAGAGCAAACGUUCUGAACAGAGCCGAGCAGCUUCUGGACGCUCGGCGAGGUCACUCAACAGAGCGCUCGGACUCCAGUGAGGAGAAUCGGGGCAUCGGUCAUCGAGGAAGGAUAAAGGAGGUAGAGGAGGAAGACGGCGGGUAUGGGGAGGGAUACAUCGACCCGAGGAGGGCUGUGAGAGGGACACGACAUCAGGCGUUACGUCACGUCAACAGGAGGGGUUUCGACGACAGCACCAGCUACCAGAGUAGUGACGACGUGCUCAAUACUUUGAGGUUCCAACCCCGGGGCCCCGUGUCUAAGGCAGCACGACGGGCCAGGCUGACGUCAGUGAACGCACGACUCAACAAACAGCGACGGCUGAAGGCUGCCAGGCGAUACAACCUUCCCCCUCAUGGCAUCAGCGAUGAUGACAUCACUUCCGAGUCAGACAUCAUGGAGCCGCCCAUCAACUUCCGGCGUCAGGUGGACGACAUGGGCCGGUACGAGGAGUCCAGGAUCCGUGACGUCACCAACGAGCAACCCAGGCCGAUGCCACCCCCGGGGGAAUCCGUGGGCUCCAAAGGAAGGCGUGUCUACUUCUUCAGGAACGGGGAUGUGCACUUUAAGGCCAGGCAGAUCCUUGUGAACAGCAAGCUGUACCUGAACCUGGAGAAGCUGCUGGUGAACCUGAGCUCUAUCGUGGAGACGUCCACUGGUGUGAAGCAUAUCUUCUCGUGGCCGGAGGGUCGUGAGAUCAAAUCCAUCACGGAGUUUGAGAACGGGAAGUACUACGUCUGCUCCAGCACAAACAAGCUGCAGGUGGAGAGCUACAGUCAGCUGAUCAGAGAUUUCGCAGACCACGAGAAUUUCCUGGCUUGUGGCGAGGAGAUGGUCCCUCUAGAGAUGACCAGCAAGCGGCCGCUGCCUGGAGGGGGGCCUGAGAAUGGCGGGAAGAAGGGCCACAGGAGGAAUCCUAGAUCUAUGGGUUCAGAGGUCGUGACGUCAAGCAAAAUCUCUCGGUGCUGCCCUCUAGCGGCGAGCUGGUCUACUUUGUCGCCGCAGUCGUGGUUGUGUAUGACAAGAAGUUUGCCACCCAGAAACAUUACCUGGGGCACUCGGAGGAAAUCUCCUGCUUGACUGUCCAUCCUAACGGACGUUUUGUGGCCACUGGCCAGAUCUCUGGGAAGACACCGGAGUCCGGAACGACAACAGACCCUAUAGUGUCCGGCUGCUUCUACCCGUUUGACGACACCAUCCUGCUCACCUACGGCAAGGAGCACGUGCACUUCUGGCGCAUGUUCUGGGAAAAGGGAAGGAAGAUCAUGAGAGACAAACUCAGUGGAAAUUUCGAGGACGAUGUUCCCAAAUUUGUGACGUCAGUAUGUUUUUCGCCAUCUGGUGACGUCAUCACAGGGGACUCAAGUGGCGCCAUCUUGGUGUGGUCACGUGACAACAACAGCGUGUUCGCCGUCAAUGACAACCUGUCGGUGCAAACGAAGAGGGCUCACAAGGCCCGUGGCAGAACCUGGACCGUGGUGACGUCAUCAACGUGGUUAGCAGAUCUCAGUACAGGGACCUGAUGGUGGCGGGAGAUAACCGUGGUCGUCUGCGCCUGUACAAGUGGCCAUGUUCUUUGCAGAAGGCUGGCUUCCGGAACACCAAGACCUACUCGUCGAACGUGACCUGCGCCAGCUUCUCCUGCGACGACAGUAGCGUCAUCACUUCCGGCGGAAAUGACGCAGCACUCAUGCAGUUUUCCGUCCUUGACCCUGUAAAUACACGAUAAGCCUAGUCGACGAAAAACAAUGCGGCUCUCAUCGGAUAGAUCUGUUAUCGACUUGAAUAUUUCGGCUUGCAUGUCUACAUUUUUUUCCAUGUAUAUUGUCUUAAUGACAGAAUUAGUCUCUUUUUUUAUUAUUUUUGUUACGAUAAAGUCUAUA